UCUGCCUUCCCAUCGACAACCCAUAAAUCAACCGACGACCUACCAAGUUCUCUCCAAACAAAUCUCGUUAUAGUUGUUGAAAACUUUAACAAGGCUGUCAAGAGAAAUAAUAAACCGCCAAAAUGGCAACGCCCUACGAAGGUACUUAACCAUCUAUCUACCCCGUCAACCCCUCUAUGAACGUAAAAACAAAAGCUGAUCUUUUUCUACUGUAGUUGAACACAAUAUUAAACCCUCCGGCACACCCAAACCCAACAUUCGUCCCGACAUGUCCUCCCUCUUCGCGCUCCUCUCCGAGAUCCAAUCCACAAACCCGCACUCCCUGCCCACACCCGCCGACAUCCUCGCGUCGGAACGCCUCGUCGCCGACCAACUAAACCAGCACCUCAUCAAUGCAUCCUCACCCACCCAAACCGCAUUCCUAGAAUCGCUUCUCCAAGAAAUAUCGCACACCAUGGAGUCGCCGCCGGAAAAGAUCCAGGGUGUACCGCAAUCUUACCUAGAUGAGCUGGAGCGGGUGCCGAAGAAGCAGUUGAAAGAGGAGGACCGGUGUCCUAUUUGUCAGGAACGGUUUCUGGGCGAUGACUACCCGCUGGUGGUGGUGUUGCCGUGUCAUGGGAGUCAUCGGUUUGAUCUGGAGUGUGUGGGUCCGUGGUUGUUGGUACAUGGGACGUGUCCGAUGGAUCGGAAGGAGGUUAUGAAGAGGAAGGUGGUGGAGGUGGUGGAAGAUAGUGAGGAGGAGGAUGAUGGGGGAUUGUAUGCUUGAGUUUCUAUUCUGGGAGGGGCGUUCGUGGGAGAGAGUGAGGGGUUAGGAAUGAAUGAAUGGGUUCGAGCGUUGAGCGAGCGGGUGGGUGUUUGGCGUUUCAUUGGUGAUGGUGAGUGAUGAUGGCGACAGUGGGAUGGUUCCUGAAAGCAUUGAAAGCGAUGUCUAGGUGGUCAAAAACUGGUACCGAAGGUUUUGGCCACUCUUAAGGCUGACGGCGGGUUGCAGCAUUGUUGUCUACCCAACCUUCGCCUCGUCGCAAGAAUUGGCGACAUCAGUGAGGAUAGGAGGAUCAAAGGCCCUUGAUUGGCCUCGGC